CAACCAAGCAUUGCAGCGCCUGGCCUUGGCUCAGGCUCGCUGCUCUGCUUCAUCAGCAUCCCCGCCGCUGACGUUGCCCCUCGCCAAGCCGCACCCGCUCGCUCGCCAUGUCUGCAUCGCUCGCUGCGACCCAGUCGGCAGCCCACCAAACUCUCAACUCGCAUCAGCUCGCCGUCAUCCAGUCGCUGCGUCGGCUGCCAGAGUUCGCCACAAUCCCGGAGCCGGAACUCGUUCCGCUGAUUCACUCGAAUCGAUCCAAGGCCAUCCACUCAAAACAGCGCAUUCUUGCACGGCUCUUUGAAAAGCUCAAGAUCGAUUCGGUCCAGCGGCUCAUGGAAACCCGCAAGAAUGAACGGAAAAUCGAGACGGCCAGCAACGUUGCCGACAGCGAAAAGCGAGUUCACGAGGAGGUCUUCAACGGCGUCUUUUCCAAGUUUGUGGUCCGUGAGAUCGAGAAGUUCGGCUCGACCAAGACUGGCCGGCUGAGCCAGAGCUUCAUGACGAUCGGCACCGAGUACAUUCGUGUGCUGGAGAUUGUCCUUGCUGAGAUCCACCGAUCGGCUGCUCCUAGCCAGCCAGCUACUGCGUCAACCCCGGAAGCACCAGCACCGAUAUCAUCGCUCGCUCCGCGGCGGACGAAUUCACUAUCGACUCGAAACAGUGCCCCGAGCUUGAGCGGCAGGGCAAGAGACGGCAUGCCGGAGCCUCUGCCAGCCCCAGGGUGCGGCGGUCCAAGGACCCAAGGGCCCACCAUAAAGAAAACCGACUCGAGAGGCAGACUCAAAAAGUCGCAUUCGGUAUUGUCCACGGACAACUCUGCUCCGGCCCACCGACCAGAGAUGCGGGACGCUCUCAAAUGUCAGGGUGACUCAGGAAUCGAGCUGGAGCUGGCCUCAGCACUGAAUGUCAACGCCCUGAUCGAGAAGAACCGAUUUCUGGAGGCGCAGGUUGCAGAGAUAACCCGCAAAAACAAGCAGAUGGAAGCCGAGCUGGCACAAAUACACGACUUGCAUCAAAAAACGAUCCAGGAGACAGUCGGUGGCGAUUAUGACCGGCGGAGAGUGCUGUUACUCAAAUCACUUGUAGUUCAACUUCAGCGCGAGCUUUCGACACUCAAGGAUACUAGCCAGGGCCGCGAGGCACUUCUCGGCAGCGCAGCAAACGACAUACAAAGUGCGGUGGCAGUCCUUUCGGCUGUUGUUGGCCAGGUGGGCAAGACAGAGUCCGAAAAGAUCAACGAGAGUGUUCGAAAACUCGACGGUGCAAGGAAGCAGCUUAAUCGACAGCUUGCCGACCACAUCGAUGGCCCGUCCAAGAAUCGCGGAGAUGCCUUUUUUGAGUUUAUCUCUGAUUUUGUGAUUCAAAAACGACACAGAGAUACCUGCAAGGCGUCGAUAGCCGAUCUGUGCAGUGGCAGUAUUGGUCAUCUGAAUCUACGACACGUUUCCAGGCUGGAAGAAAAGCUCCACAGGUUGUAUAAAGACCUGUUUGCAUUCCAGUCGACUCUGCAAUCAUCGUUCCUCCCAAACUCGGUUGCUUUGUUUGAGGAUCAUGUACUUGGGGGUUACAACGACACGAUGGUUUCGCUCCGAUCUGCAAUGAACUCGCUGCUCAGUUUGUCGGUGCUGGUACCGAGCGCACCAGUCCCGACACUUGAGCAAGUUAUGCGGCCUGGCUACCCGGCCAUCCCAACCGAAGACGAAUUGCUGCGGCAGCUCACGCGCUGUAAAUCGAACGAACUGCAAGAGACGGUCCACUGCCUUGUCAAGUCUAUACAAGUCUAUACGGCCCUUCACGACUCCGAGAAGACCGUGCUCGAAAACGAGUUGGCAUUCCAUAAACACAACUACGAUAAAUACAAUCGUGUCAUGACCCAGAUCGCAGACAGCGCAGAUCAAAAGAAGCAGGCUCUGUCGGUGGAGUUACGAGAGCUCCGAGAAUACCUGAGGGCCCUCGAUUUGAAGCUCCGGUCACUGGCAUUCAAGCAGGAUGACGUCGUUGGCUUUUUGAAGGAUGUCGAGUCGACGCUCGGAUACGGCCUGAAGAAACUGGCUCAAUUGAUGCAGUGAUGCUGCUUGUCACUGCUGAGCAGAGAGCUACUGGCGGCCACUGCUCGGCCCGACAUGCCGCUGGUACAAUCGGCUAUUGAAGGAAAGUCGUUUCUUUGCUCUGUCAACUGGCAUCUUGAUCAUCCAUACGACAGCUUGCAUGGUCGCAACGGGCAGAUUGGCACCAAUCUGUCGCUCACAGUCGGCCUUUGAAGAAUAUAGCCUUGAAUCCGGUUGAUCCACCUCUGUCGACGACUGUCAACCGGCACACCACAAACAUAACCCGCGUCGACUGCGAUUGUGCGAUUGCGCGAUUGUGCGCACCUUGCAGCAUCGGUCUGGUCGUGUGAGGGAUAUGUGUGUAUUCAUAUCCGGCAAGUGAAUAUUCAGCGAUGCAGACAGUGGGCUCCGUUUCGCUUGGGUGCACUGCAAUAUGGUUUGCAACCAGAAGUGUAAUUGACAUCGGAACUCCAGGCUUGCUCAAGCCAAG